UUUGAGGCCUUUGCUAGCUCAGAUCUAUUAAAUUCUGCUGAGUACUUCUCAGUACUAUGAUCGCCAGACAGAAUGUUCAGUUCACUUAGGAGUGACUUUCAGUCUGUCUUUAACCUGCAGAGGUUCAGUUAGCUCACCAUUAUGAUGGUGACAGUGUGGCAGUAAACCCACUGACUUGAUGCUCUGCUGUCUGUCCUACAGCUAGCCAACCACAGCUACGUCUGUUGGUUUCAUCAGUUCAUCCAGAAAAUAACUUGUCUUAAAGGGUUUGCUUGAUCUUUAAUUAUGGAUUUCAACAAUAUUUACCAUGUUGACAAGAUAUUUUACUCAUAGAUAUCCUACAUUGGCUACAGUUCUUUAAUGUGGUUUGAUUUUUCUUGAUGGUGCAUCUUUCAAACAUAUCAUUGUGUGCGUGCGUGUUAGGACUUUGGUGUGAAUUGAGUUCAGGUUAGGUUUGAGGUUAGCCAGGUACCGGUAAUGGUUUAAGGUCAAGGUAUAGAAAUGAAUGAGAAAUUAAUGCAAAUGCUUGUGAAAAUAGAAAGACAUACUUUGGUGUGAGUACUUGUUUAGUUAUUGUAUUUAGGACCAUUACUGACAUAUUUACUAAACUUCUCUAGACCAGUGGAUCUUAUGGGGACCAAAGCCCAGUCACAGUAAGGUGGAUCACUGGUUUGGGGUUGGAGGUAAGUUUUUAAAGACCUGGGGUACGAAUUAGGUUGUAGGAUGUGUUAUUCCUCAGAGCUAACCCUCAGAGCUAACCCUAGCUCUGAGGAAUAAGGGAAUGCACAGAUCAGGCUGGACAGAGUUGGAGGUUGUUUACAUGUUCUGUUUGACUUGCUAUCACGCUUCCUGUUGAAAAGAUAAAAAGGAACACCCAGAGCUAUAAAACAUCUCUGUUAAAAAUAAAUAAAUAAACCAAAACAGCAAAAGAUAAGCCAUGCCAUUCUAAUGUCACAAACUCAGCCAAAUAUUUUGGAAAAAAUACAGUGGAUCACAAGAUAAUUCAAAAUGUGUUAAAUUAAACAUAAAAAUGAUGGCCAUCUCUGAAUUUACAAUUUGAAUUUGCUAUAGACAUGAGGCAGCUGCUGAUGUGAAUCAUUUUUCCUGAGUAUCAUUUUGUUUUGUUGCACAACAUAAAAACCCAAUCCAUUAAAGAUUCUGUUUGUACCAUUAUGAAAUGGUAUCCCAGUUCUUAAUCAUUAGUGUACGAGUCCAACUGCAGACCAGGUAUUCAAACAGGUGCAUGUGGAGAUUCUGUGUGGUGUAAAAAGGUCCAAAGCAGAUUUAAGAGUCUUGUAUUUCCAUGUUUUUUCCCACCACCUUCUAGUGUUAUUGUGCUCCAGGGUGAGGUACUAACCCCCAUCAGUCUGUGUACUGGUGUAUGAAUGUGUGUGUGAAUGUGGCUCAAGUGUAAAGUACUCUCAGUGGUUGCUAUGAAUUUGCUAUAGACAUGUAGAAAAGUAGAAAAGUCACAUAUAAAUUCAGUCUAUUUAUAUUCCCCAGUGUUAAAAACUUGUCCACAGAACUGAGAAAAAGACUGAGGCAAACCAGACAAAAGCUUCAGAUGAGCUAUAAAGCUUCCAUUAAGACAGCAGUAGCGGUAACUACUAUUUGCUGCAUUCAGUGUUUGUGUUUUCUUUUUUUCUAAAUGCUAAUCAUGCAAGAUGGGUGGGAUCUUAAAGUGUCCCUAGUGGAAGCUGCCUUAAGGAAUUUUAAUGAGCUUUAAUUGCUCUGCUGUUCCUCUCGGCCACAACAUCCAUAUCAAGACUGAGCAGGUCCGAGGAUCAUUUCUACAGACGGAACAACCAGGUAGGUCUCUAUGAUUCUCUUAGCAAAGCUGUACUAACAAGAUGACUUGCUUUGGUAAAGAAAGAUUAACCCACUUCCAGGCCAGUCCCAAACAUGAUGGACUGAUAGAUUACUGUAGCGCCAUUAAGGGUCAUUAAACUGUCUCCACAACUUCCUCAAGAGAAACAACAAGGUUCUCCAUUUAGUCAGAGAGCAACUCUUUUACAGAUCAAGAACUGGGCAGAAUGGAAGUGAAGGUGUCUGUCAAAGGCAUCCCACGUGUUGUGUGUGGAGUUACAGAGGAGACAACGUGCCAAGACGUGGUACUAGUGUUGGCUCAAUCUCUUGGGCAGCCAGGACGCUAUGCCUUGCGAGAGAAGUUCAAAGACUUUGAGCGGUGCAUGACCCCCAAUGAACGACUUCUGGAGACAUUGAAGAAAUAUGGGGAACAGGCCAAGGAGGUCCAGCUCAGUCUCCAACACGGUGGGGUCUCCGCUUGGGAUGAAAUGGGCAAAGUGAAAGUUGGCAGAUACCAGCCUUGUCCGCCACUGAGACGGAAAGACGUUGGGUCUAAAAUGCGGAGAGGCAGCGGUUCCCUAAGCUUGCACCGCCAAAGUUUGCCUCCAUUGACCUGUUUGAGAGAAGAGGUCGAGCAGAAGAAAGAUGCUCUGAAGAUGCCUAGAAGAAAGUCUCUGACUCUCAUGGAGGAAGCCUGGGAAUGGCUGGAAAGUCUUGGCAAAGGAAAGGUCUACAAUACGACUUGUGACAAGCCAAGGAAGAAGAGGAUUGAUAAAAGGGGACGGGCCUCUUUGGAUUUGUCCCUUUUUGCCACAAAAGAACAUCAAGAUCAAAGCAGCAGAGGUAUAGACAGAGGUCAGAAAAGUUCAAAAUCAGACUUUGACCAUCAAACAUCCUGCUGCAUCAGUAAUCAGACCAAGGAGAAAAGCAGGCGCUCAAAGAACACCCAAGAGGUAAAAUCUGACCUGAGCACCUCAAUCUGCACACCGGCAACCCAAGAUGAGAAAAAUCGUCUUAGAGACUCAAUCAUAUGUCAGCUGCUGUGCUUGCAGGAUUUACAAGUCCAGAUAACAAACACAGACAAACAGAUUUUGGACCUCGAGCAGAAGCAGAAAGCUAAAAGAGCUGAAGAAGAAGUCCAAGAGAGGCUUGUGGCUGAGGAGAUGGAAUACAUCAAAUUUUGGGAGAAUGAACUGAAAGCUGAGGAGAGUUACGAGAAAGAUUUGCAGCGUCAGUUCCUCGAGAUGAGAGCCAAGGCUGCAGAUUGCAAAGCUAAACUGGAGGAGUACAGGCGCAAAAUGCAGGGCUUGGAUUUUUUUGGCAAUCUGAACAUUGCUCAAGAAGACCGGAGGGUUUUAGAAGCUCGUGAAAAAGUCGCAACCAAGAUAUUCAACAGUUCAAAAAAGGAAGAAAAUCUGGAAGGAUCCGAGGCCAGUGUGGAAGGAAAUGUCAACAGGAAGUUCCUGCCCAAAGAAGAGCACAGCACCCCUCAUGCUCUAGUUCCUCCAAAUCAGAUAAGAGAGCGGCGGCCCACGGGACCCACCGAGCUGAGGGAGUGGUGGAAGCGUUGGUCAGAAGCUCAAAAGGCUCAACCCCAGGAUGAAAGGAAGGUGAUCCACCGCUCUGAGCUCACCAUUUACCUGAGGGGUACCAAGGUUUAGGACCAGCUCACAACGAUCCAAACUCCCGUUUGUGACAUCACCAUGAGAUCUCCACCAGGACAUCUUCAAUGAACCAGAGCAACAUUAUUCUGCUUUCACUGCUAUAUUAUCCUUCGCAUGACAACAGGUUCAUGUUUACACUCUAAAGGCUUUAACUGCCAUUCUUAUGCACCUGGAACUUUGUGAAUCACCAAACACAUAACUGAUUCUCUAAUUUUACUUGUGUGUACUUUGUAUCCAGUACUUUCUGAACCUGUUGGAUUACGGAUUAAAAGGAGUGAAUUUUAAAAAGAGCGCUUUCUUGACAAGUGUGUAUUAAUAAGCCCCAGUUAAGGCUUAAAUGUACAAAAAAGUACAAUUUAAACUAUAUUCUCAGGUUAUCUUUGAUAUUAAAUUCUGUAUUAUGAAACAUUUAAAAAUAAAAAUCAACUCCAAGAUUG